AUGCGCACGACCACCACUGCAGCUGCGCUACUUGCGCUCGCCGCUGCUACCCAUGCAGCACCCACCGCCGAAGCCGAGAAGCUCAACGUCAUUGGCGGCGAACCGGUCGCCGUCCCCCUUGUCCACCGACGGACGGGGCAGUACCGCACGCCCGAGGAGCGCAUGGCGUGGGCCGAGGGACAAGCGAUGGCGAUGCGAGCAAAGUACGGCAGCUUCCUGAACGAGGAGGAGCGCUCGCUUCUAAAACGGACAUUACACGAGAAGCGGCAGAAUGUCGGUUCCCUGCCUCUCGUCGACAUUGGCAUCGACUCUACGUACGCGGGCCAGAUCGACAUCGGCACGCCGGCGCAGCCGUUCUACUGCAUCAUGGACACGGGAUCGAGCGACCUCUGGGUGCUGGACGACGACUGCAACGACUGCGAGGGAAUCAGCACGUUCAAGCUCCACGAGUCGAGUACGCUGCAGGAGACCAACGAUCCGUUCGGCGUCAAGUACGGCUCGGGCAUGGUCAAGGGCGGCAUCGUGCGGGACACCGUCACGAUGGGCGGGUUCACGGUCCAGGAGCAGACUUUCGGCGUUGUCAACUACACGAAGCAGACGAAUCCGACGAGUUCCUCGGGCGAGAGCGGCGGCUCGCAGCCCGGGCAAGAAAGCUCCGGCCCAGCAAGCGGGAUUAUCCAGCCGCCGAUCUCGGGCCUGAUGGGUCUUGCAUGGAAGGCGAUCGCGAACAGCGGCGCGACGCCGAUGUGGCAAACCCUCGCCGCGAGCAAGUGGCAGCAGAAGGAGUUUGGCGUCUUCAUGGUCCGACACCGUGGCGACGAGUGGGCGCGGCAAUUCGAGGAAAACGGCGGCCAGAUCCUCUUCGGCGGCACGAACAACACGCUCUACAAGGGCGACCUUAACUACGUCUCGAUCCCGGACCAGGACAAGGACUACUGGCGCCUCAAGCUCGAGGGCAUUAACGUCCAGGGCAACGACCUGGGGUACUCUACCGAGUGGGCCUCCGCCGCCAUCGACACGGGCACGACGCUCAUCGGCGCUCCGCCCGACAUGGUGAGAGCCGUGUUCGACCAGAUUGAGGGUUCGCGCCCGCUCGCCUCCGUCUCGCCAACCAUGGCGGGUUACUACGCCUAUCCGUGCGAGACGCGGGUCGAGCUCCUCCUCAAAUUCGGCAACAAGUGGUACCCCGUCUCGAACGAGGACUUCAACCUCGGCUCCAUAGAGCGGACCGGGACGUGGUGCAUGGGUGCCGUAUUCGAGUUUGGCGCGAGCCAGAACUCGCCCGUGAACUGGAUCAUUGGCGCGGCCUUCCUCAAGAACGUCUACACUGCUUUCCGGUACGAGCCGGCCGCGGUCGGGUUUGCGGAACUCGCCGACGGCGUGCAGAACUCGGACGCCAAUACGAGCAGCUGGACCACGAGCGGAGGCGGAGGCGUCAUCAGCGGCGACGGCAAAAGUCAGGGUGGGCACUCGGAUGCCGGUCGCGCUCUACCGUCGCUCUUCGCCGUUAUCGCCGUUGCGCUCGCCGCGGCGCUGCUCUGA